AAAUUGAAACAAAUUUGAAAUUUAAAAUUUAGAUCUAUUUGGAAUCGUCAAAUAAAACUGAGACGAAACAUAUAUCAGAAGAUGAAAGUUGGAACAUUUUUUGUUGCAGUUCUAUGCGUGGUGAUUGCUGUUGCCGCUGAGAAGCAAUGUACUCCACUGAUGGGACUCGGAAGCGAAGGAGGAUUAUUAUGCACUGUUGUAAAGGACGGUGUUUCAGAAACAGUCGAUGCUGAUGAUUGUCACAAACAUAAAGAUUGUUGUAAAAUCGGUGAAGGAGAAACAGCAGUUUGUUACGCUCAACCUGAUACAGAAAAACUUACGGCAGCAGCUUCAAAGGCUGGUAAUGUCGACGAUACUGAUGAUCUGUUUAAAAAAGCUAUGAAAAUGAAGAAAGACAGCGCAAGAUUUCUUCACUUACGACCACCAGGAUUUCCUGGAUGUCCUCAACCGACUCCAUUUCCAGCAAGUUGUAAUCCACAAAGGAAUGAACCUUACGUUCUUGAUCCACCAGUUGAUGUUCCCUAUUGUGUCAGAAUCCCAUGUUCAGUCGACAAUGCAGAAUUAGACACCGAUCACCAUCUCUGUGGUUCACAACCUGGUUGUUAUUUUGACAAAGAAUUGUUUGAUUUCCGAGAAGCUUUUGGACCAAGCGUUCUACCAGGAGUUCCAGUUUGUCAUAUGGCAAUAAGAAAUGCAGUUUUCCAACAAAAAGCUCAAUUAGUCGUGAAGGAGCACGGAAUAUGGAAUCCUUACUUCACAAACUGCAUUCUGCAAGAGUUCCAAUUGGAGAUGAAAACACCAAAAGGUUGUGAACUUCUUCCAAUUCUUGACGUUUUUCACGUUAGUCCAAAAUUGGCCGGAUGGAAAAAUAUUAAUCCCAGAGAAUGUUCUUUGAUUGAUGGAUGUUUUAGAUACGGGUACGGUUGUUUUUAUUCAGUUGACAUUUCAAAUGUCAGGGUCAAAUCAGGUCAACGUCAUGUUGGAUUCAACAAGCAUGAGAUCAUUUACGGAAGACCUAGAUGCCAGAUAUUUGAUACAAGUUCUCCCGUUCGCAUACUUCUGAGUUAUCAUCAAUGUCUCAGUGCUGGAUGCACUGUUGAUUCUUCGGUCACAACUAAUUAUUAUAAAAAUCUUUUCGCUGUCGGUGAAGGUAUGACUGUUGAUAAGCACUGGGAUUACUGGGCCGGAGUGGAGAAAGGAGAGAUUGGUGCUUACAAUAUUGAUGACAAAAUUACCAAUUAUGAAAACACAGAUGAUAAGGAGAAUUCAAAACUCUCGACUCCUCCGAAGGAAAACAAUCCAUUCGAAUUACCAUCUGGUAAUUCAUUUUCUGUUCCAACAGGUCCAUCCCCAUUUACCCCCCCAAAAAAUUCAAAUCCAUUUGCUACACCAUCAGAAUCAUUCUCUUCUUUGUCGUCUAUGCAUAUGAUUCCAGGUAAAAGUGAAGCAUGCGGUCACAUUUUCAGGCCAUACGGAGCAAGACCAUGCAGUCCUCCAACUGUUCCUCAGUUACCUUCCAACAGCUACUGUCCGUACAAACCAUUCCACGUCCCAAGAUUUGCUCCACUCAAAGGAAGAUUCGACGGAUGUUGCGAGAUUAAUUUGUGUUAUCUCCCUAAAUCUGACAUCCUAAAAAUGCAUUCUGGUCCAUCUCAUUAUUAUACCGAAUGGAGCCUGUUUUCGUCCUGUUCAGCAACAUGUGGUGUUGGGCAAAAGCGCCGCUACAGGAAAUGCAUUAGUGAGGAUAAAAGCAAAUGUACAGAACCUUUGGUUGAAGUAAGCAGAUGCAAAGACCAACCUUGCGCUUCAUGGAGUCAGUGGGGUCAAUACAGUCCAUGCCCCAGCACUUGCUAUCCAGGAGGAAUUCAAACAAGAAGAAGAGUUUGCAGACCGGCUGGUUCAUUUUGUCUUGGAGAAUCUGAAGAAGUAAAAAGUUGUAAUGAACAAGCUUGCAAAUAUUAACGAACAAGCUUGCGAAUAUGUUAUUCCAGUCGGCCCGUGGACUCCUUACCACUGAAAAUGCUUCUUUCAUUCAACCACUCAACAAUCAAAUGUUAUACUUUCAAUUGACUUGGAAUAUAAUGUCUUGGUACUUUAGCGAAAACGAAUACAUGCCUAUGCUCAAAAUGUUCCCUGAAAAUUAAAAUGAGUUUAUGCAAGCGAUUGAUAUUCAAAUUUCGAUUCGAACUGCUUAUUUAAAAAUUUGUGCUUUCUCUUAUUUAUUGCUAUAGUUAGUAAUCGCAUAAUAAAUAUUGCUAACGAACGGUA